CUACUUUGCUUUUUUUUUUUUAAAGGUCAUUUGAGGUAAAAAGUGUAGAAGGUUAGUUUCUGAAUUCUAAUACUUAUUUUUCUUUUUGCUGAACGUUAAAAUCUCCUGAACAUAUACAGGCUCAUAUUAGUGUUUUACUCUGUAGACUAGAAGCUUCAGGUUUGGCACAGCUCCAUCCCUGCUAAUAUCACAUAUUCAGUUGCCACUCCUUGACACCUACCAUAGUAGGGGUAUGAGGAAAUCAGGAGUUUGGGUGAGACUUUCUCCUAUGGAGAAUCCUUUUUAAACUCGAUCCUGGCACACGUAGAUAAGUUUGCACUUAGCACUCGAAGAGCUCAUAACAAUCACACUGGGUAAUUUCGUCUUGGGGUUUAUAAAUACAGUUAGUGGGAAUUACCUCAACUCCAUUACAGCGCCAGGAAGGGGAAGGAGGAGGGCAAGAAGAGGGAGAGGGCGGAUAGACUUGGUUAGUGUUGGCAGUGCUAAGUCACUGGGCGGGUGUAAUCUUCCACCAGCAGGAGAGUGGGAGGCUGGCGUUCGGGACGCCGCCUGUGUUAGCUCUGGUGGAGGGUGCUCCAAGGGCUGCCUGCUCCAAGGGCUGCCUGAUUGUUGCCUCCUUCUCUUCUCCCUGACACACUUGGGCAGGGGCUGGCCGUGUGUAGGGACUGCGCAGUGAAAGGUGACGGAUGGCAGACAUCGAUACCCCGAGCGGGCGGGCUCUCACCGAGUUUGCAGAAAAUUUAUUACGGGAACUGCAGGUACACUUUCAAGCUCUGACUGAAACAAUAACUCUCAAAAUGGAAGAAAUGGGGAAUCGGAUUGAUGACUUACAGAACAAUGUAACUGAUCUCAUGGUACAAGCAGGGAUCCAUAAUACCGACAAAGAACAAAUGACCUGAAGAAAUUACUGCAAUGCUAAAAGAUACAAAGUACAUUCUCUUUGGAUAGAUUCUUCUUCACA